AUGUCGUUCGCCAUGCUGCGCCCGGCGGCGGGGCGGUUCGUGUACGCGGAGCUGAGCGCGCUGUCGGAGGACGAGGGGAGCAGCUCGGGCUCGGAGGAGAAGCCGUUCCGCGCCGAGCCGGCGGGGCCGGGCCCGCAGGGCGGGCGGCGGGGGCGCAGCCGCGGCCCGGCGCGGCCGCCGUCCCGGGAGCCGCGGCAGCGGCACACGGCCAACGCCCGCGAGCGGGACCGCACCAACUCGGUGAACACGGCGUUCACGGCGCUGCGCACGCUCAUCCCCACCGAGCCGGCCGACAGGAAACUCUCCAAGAUCGAGACGCUGCGCCUCGCCUCCAGCUACAUCUCGCACCUCGGCAACGUGCUGCUGCUCGGGGAGGCCGCCGGGGCUGCUGCCGGUACCGGCAAUAGCGGCGGAACCGGCGGGGCGGGGCAGCCGUGCCGCGGGGCAGCGCCCGCCGCCCUCUGCCCCGCCGCCGCCGCCGCGUCCCCGCCCGGGCGGCACGGAGAGAGCGGCCAGCCCCGGCAGAUCUGCACCUUCUGCCUCAGCAACCAGCGCAGGAUGAGCAAAGACCGGGACAGGAAGACGGGACAGCUCCGGAGCUAG